GAUUAGAUUGCAGUCAUGUUUCGAAAAGUUGUUACUUCAAAAAUUGACUCCGGGAUUACGCAAAAAUCUAAAACAAGGUCGAACAUUCUUCAACCAUCGGAGCGACCGAAGAGUGCCAGUCUCUGUGACAAACAACGCUCGACUCGAACGCCACAGCAGCGUCCUUGGUCUUCCAGUGUAUUGUUGGAGAAAAAAUCGAACACUGCCCUCCAGCCAAUUCACGUCCUUGGUCAUCGGCCAGCAUAUUUGAAGAAAACGAAAUCGGUUCCGGUGAACAAUGACAAUGGCACAAUGGCGAACGACGCAGAGCGUCUUCCCAGCAUAAAAGGCGAAAAUCCCCCAAAGUCGAUCCCGAAUGAGCUUGGCCGUCCGGCCAAUAUUGACAGACAGACAACUUUUGUACGCCAGGAGAAUUUUCCGCCGGACGACGAAUCACCGAUGAGUAUGGCCAUGAACAAACAGAACUUUAGUUGCCAAGUUCCAGAUCGGAAAAAUAUUGAACCGAACAGUACCGAUCACAAAGAUGCAAUACACGAAAUUCAUAACCUGAAGGCGGAAAUCUCGCGUCUAAACCGAAUGAUUGCAGGCGAUCAGAAUGCACUCCAGCAACGGGAUAAAAGGAUCAAAGAAUUGGAAAAUUCCAUGUACGAUGUACGAGUCGAACUGAUCAGGCUGGGUGCCGAAAAGGAUAAUCUAGAACAACAAGUUCAAGUACUUAACGAACGUUUGGAAGCAACGAGUGGCUUAGAAGAACUGGAAGACAAAAUUUGCCGCAUGGCUUUAGAAAUGGAAAGGCUGAAAAGUGAAAAUGAAACUUUCCGAAAACAUCAAUGCCAUCUUGAAUACGGUUUUAGUGAGGUUGAAGAAGAUUCGACAAUUCCGGAUGAAUUGCCGGGUUGUGCGUUGGAGGAAGACAGAGGAAGAAAUCCUAUGAUGGUGGAGCGAUUGAACCGAAAGUUGGACAAAUAUCGAGUAUCGCGUUCUAAAUUGAGAUACGUAUUGGGACAGCUGAUGGUCGAAAAUCAACGAAUGCGAUCUAUCAUUGAGAACCGGCCUCCGAUUAUAGACAAUCCUUACGAAGGUGAACACCAUUUGAUUUCGAACGAGUUCGACGGAAUUAUCAUCAACCGAUUUAUUUUUCACGAGCAGCUGAGAAGUCACAAAAGAUCUAAGCAAAGUUCUAUUGCAGUGAAAAAAUAUGAAGCAUAACAGGAAAAUCACAAGGGAAAAGAUUCGCCCAAAUUGUUGAUGAUUGUCUUACUUUUUGUGAAUGUUUUUCGUAUUGCUAUUCAAUAUGAGUGGAAUUGUAUAUCUCCAAUUGAGAGCUAUUUGAUAGUAAGCGAUCAGUAAUAUCUCAAUCAAACUCUCUCGUAUAUUUUUCAAUACAUCGAGAAUGUUUCGAAAAAAUAAAAUACGCGAGUUUUUAUGCGGUUUUUAGGCGGACUUUUUUUCGCGGAUUU